AUGAACAAAGUCUGGCCGUACUCCAACCCCACAGAGACGUACGAGUACUAUGACUUUCCCUUCUGCAAGCCCAAGAUUGUGAUGCCCCACAUGAUGACCCUCGGCCAGGUCCUGCGUGGAGACAGAUUAGUGAACUCGCUGUAUCCAAUGCACAUGAAGCGGCAGGUCCCUAGGACGGUGAUAUGCUCGAGGCCCAUGACGGAGAUGGACAUCCUGAAAUUCAAGAAUGCGAUAGACCAGAACUACAUGUUCGAGCUCUUUGUGGGAGAGCUGCCCAUAGACCGACCUUUCGGGGUAAAGUCCUCGAUGGGCGUGGAAGACUCGCCAGAUGCUCCGGAGAGGUACUUCCUAGUGAACUACUUGGACUUCAUCAUUGGCUACAACGAGAGGGAGGUGGUUUCCGCCAACGUGACCAGGGAGCUGAACCUGGAGCACUUGGUUGACAUUACCGAGUGGAAAGAGGGCAUGGUUGUCCAAUUCUCGUACUCCGUGCACUGGACCCCACUGCCCCACAUCCCUCCCUCUCAAGCGCUGGAGCUGCAGCUGAAGUCGACCAUGCCACACGGGCAUUCCAACAUGGACAUUCACUGGCUGGCGAUCAUCAACUCCUUUGUGCUGAUGUUGCUAAUCCUGUCUCUCUUCCUCUUGAUUAUCGUCAAGGUAGUCCGAUCCGAUCUGUCACGGUACUUGCAAAUUCCAGACGAGGAGCUGAAUGCGGUCGAAGAAGAAACAGGCUGGAAGCUGCUGCACGCAGACGUCUUCCGCGCCCCGAAGCACCGGCUCUUCUUCUGCUCCGCAGUGGGUGCCGGUGCUCAGCUGACAAGUAUGAUGUUCAUGGUGGUGCUGGUGGGCUGCAUCGGCACCUACUACCAGCGGGGCGCAGUGGCCUCCGCGGCGGUGAUCUCCUACAUGGUGACAGCCCUGCUUGGGGGUUUCGUGAGCGCCAACCUGUACCAGAAGCUUGGAGGGGAGAAGUGGGCCUGGAAUAUCUUCAUCACGGCGCUCUCUUUCAUGGGCCCAGCUUUCUUGAUUUGGUCGUUUCUGAACACGGUGGCCAUCUUCUACGGUUCUACAGCCGCGUUCCCCUUUCCCACGAUAUUGCUGAUGUUUGCGAUGUGGGCUUGCGUGACGUUCCCGCUGACCGUACUGGGCGGAAUUAUUGGACGGCAUAGGUCCAUUAAGCAGGCGCAGGCAGAAGGGAACCCCUUCCCGUGCAAGACCAACAAGCUCGCCAGGGAGAUCCCCGCAUGUCGUUGGUACCAGAGCCCGGUGACGCAGAUGUUCGCUUCGGGCUUCCUACCCUUCAGUGCGAUCUACAUCGAGCUGCACUACAUCUUCAACUCGGUCUGGGGCCCACGGAUAUACUUCCUCUAUGGCAUCCUGCUCUUGGCGUUCACCAUGCUCCUGCUUGUUGCGGGCACAGUCACAGUCCUCUUCACCUACUUUCACCUGAAUGCGGAGGAUCAUCGUUGGUGGUGGAGAUCCUUUGGUUCCGGAGUUGCAGUGUCUGCAUUCUUCUACCUGUACUGCAUCUACUUCUUCCUGCAGACAGGGAUGACCGGCUUCCUUCAGUGCUCCUUCUUCUUCCUGUACUCGCUGUUGGCGGCCCAUGGCAUCGCCCUGACGCUGGGGUGCGUGUCCUUCUACUGCACCUACUUCUUCGUUCUCUAUAUCUACUCGCGCAUCAAGGUGCCACCCGUGCAAUCCAAGCCCAAGACGCAGCGGGCGGCGAUCUCUGCAGUGGAGAGGCUGACGCACAACGUCCUGCGGGGCCUGGCGGAGGUGGUUGCCUGCGCGGCCGACGAAGCCUGCCAAGAGGGUGGCGGCAAACCGCGGCUUCCUGCUGCGGUGCUGCUUUCGGAGCCCUGCCAUUCCCUUGUGCAGGAGGACGGGGACUUCGCGGCCUCCUCGGACCGGGUGCGGCGCCUGAGCUUCGGCGGGAGUGAGCUGCGGCGCAUGGCGCGGCUCUGGGCGGCGCUGGACGCGGUGCACCGGCUGAAUUGCCAGGGCCGCACCGCCACGCAGCGGGAGCUCUUCUACCGGGCCCUGGCGGAGGGUCGGCUCUUCGCGUCUCAGUCCGUGAUGGACCAGGCGCUGAGGGACUGCGUGGGGGCCUUGCGCCUGGGACGGCCGCAGCUGGGGAUCUUCACGGCGGAGAAGGGGCUCCUGGCAGGAGACAUUGCAUUUUGCGAUCCAAGCCGUGUGGCGUCUGUGGCAGCGCAGGGGGCAAGUGGAACAUCCAUUGGCGAGUCGAUGCUCUCCCAUGACCAGACUAUUCAAGUUGGCAGCAAGGCACAGUUUGUUCUAGUGGUGGAAAAGGACACGGUCUUCCAACACUUGCUGCACAGCCAACUGCUGGCAACCUUGCCAUUGAUUCUCGUGACCGGGCGAGGCUACCCAGACAUCCUAACCAGGCGCUUCCUGCAGAGAUUGCAGCGCAUCGCUCCCCAUUUGCCGCAGCUAUACCUAGGAGAUUAUGACCCUGAUGGUGUCGCCAUCUUCCUCCUCUACCGAACUAGCUGCGCGCAUCUGCGGUGGCUGGGCCUGCACCAGGAAGAUGUCAAAAAGCUACCAGACAGAGCUGGCAUUGCCCUGUCGACGAGGGACCGGGCGCUUCGGGCCUCGCUUCUUCGGAGGGAGGAGUUGCAGACACAACCGGCGCUGGCCGAGCAAGUGCGAUCUAUGACUAGCAAGUUUGAACUGGAGGCGCUCCAUGCUACCUAUGCGGGUGAAGGGAUGGCCUUGCAGUUCAUACCAGAGAAAGUAAAGCUGCAGGCUUGGAUUUGA